AUGCCAAAAGAACUAAACACCGCAAACAAGCAAUUGCAACCCAGAAUCUCCACAACCAAAUCUAAAACUCAACAAGGUUCCAAGAAUCACACCGAAUCAACUCCUCAAUUUACCGUUGCCAUAGACAAGAGCCAUGAAAACAAACUUCAAACAGCACAAAAUGCAGUCGGUUCUGUCAUGCUUUCACAACUCAUGAAACAAAAUUCCAACGGCGCCUCUUUGAGUAACUUGGUAUUUUCUCCAUUUUCUUUUUUUCAUGUCAUGCUGAUGAUCUUGAUGGGAUCCAAAGACGAGACACUCUCUGAAUUGGUUCAUGCUCUUCAAUUGAAAGAAAGUAUGAUGGUAUCAUGUUCUGAGGGUUGUUCCUCAGAGCAAGAGCUCAAUCCGUUGCAAUAUUGGAAAAUGGAACACUUGGAAUGUUAUAUGAACACUUGUAUGAAAUAUUUCAAAAUGACCUCUUCAGAAGAGACAAGUGCCAAUGUGGAAAGUUCUUCCACUCCAAUCUCUGUUUCUCUAUCAGUGGCCAAUCGAUUAUUCCUUGAACAAUCCUUAAAUGUGAAAUUAGAAUAUUUAAGUGAGCUGAAACAAUAUUUCAAUUCAGAGCCUGAAUUAUGUAAUUUUAAAGAACAACCCAUGGAGCAAGUUCAGAAAAUCAACUCAUGGAUUGAAUCUAAAACCAAUGGUCGCAUUCCAAACAUGUUGUCUUCAAGUGAUGUAUCCGAAUCAACUUCUCUAAUCCUCGUCAACGCCAUUCACUUUUUAGGUACUUGGAUGCACAAAUUCAACAUCAACAGAACUAAUCCUCGUGCGAGUUUUAGAACACUCAUGGAUCCCACUGGAGAAACGACCAAGUGUGAACGCAUGUCAAUGUUUUCAAGUGGUGGAAUCAUUCUUUCUAUUCCUCUCACUGUUGAAAGUGAACAAGAGUUUGAUGAAUGGUUUCUUUCAAAAUUGGCAAAUGUGAAACAAAUCACACCAACCACAAGAUUGAAAUUCAGGAAAGUUGAAAUUCCUAAAUUUAACAUGGAGGUGAAAGAGAAUUUAACGGAUGUAUUGAAAUCCUCACCUCUGAACAUGCAACACGCAUUCAGUCCCUUGCAAGCAAAUUUUACUGGAAUUUCUGAAAAUGUCAAUGGUCAAAGAAUAUUCAUUUCCAAAAUCAUUCAAAAAGUGUAUAUUAAGGCCGAUGAAGAUGGAACGGAAGCCGCAGCAUGUACUAUGGUUGGACUUGGAAAAGGAGGUGCCCGUAGAAGCCAAACAACAGAAAAAUUAUAUGAAUUUGUGGUGGAUCGACCUUUUGCUUUUGUGUUGCAUCAUCUUCCAACCAAAAGUGUCUUGUUUUGUGGAAAAAUUAAUUCUUUUUCUUCUGGUCAAUGA